UACAUCUUGUGUAGCCUGACGAAUACAGGUAAUAAUAUACCUGGCGUGGCCUAGACUGCGGCCUAUAAAAAGCAGCGCUCGUUGUCGACAGGCUCAAACACACUCACUUGAGACACCUUAUUGUCUACGUGAGGUACACCUGCUGAUCGACUCACCUUUCACACGGCAUUAACAGGACCUGUAGAAAAUGAGAGAAGUCAUCAGUAUCCACAUCGGCCAGGCCGGGGUUCAGAUCGGCAACGCGUGCUGGGAACUGUACUGCCUGGAGCAUGGCAUUCAGAAGGACGGCCAGAUGCCCUCAGACGUGUCCGCAGCGGGAAGAGAUUCCUCCUUCAACACCUUCUUCAGCGAGACAGGGGCUGGUAAACAUGUGCCUAGGACCGUCUUUGUUGACCUUGAGCCAACAGUUAUUGACGAAAUCCGAACUGGCCCGUAUCGCCAGCUUUUCCACCCAGAACAGCUGAUCACGGGCAAGGAGGACGCUGCCAACAACUACGCCCGAGGCCACUACACCAUCGGCAAAGAGAUUAUCGACGGUGUGAUGGACAGAAUUGGGAAGCUGACUGACCAGUGUGAUGGACUUCAGGGUUUCCUCAUCUUCCACAGCUUCGGUGGCGGAACUGGCUCCGGAUUCACCUCUCUCAUGAUGGAGAGACUGUCCUUUGACUACGGCAAGAAGUCCAAGCUUGAGUUCUCCGUGUAUCCGGCUCCCCAGGUGUCUACGUCUGUGGUCGAACCCUACAACUCCGUGCUGACCACACACACCACUCUGGAACACUCGGACUGUUCCUUCCUUGUCGACAACGAGGCCAUCUAUGACAUCUGUAGACGUAACCUCGACAUUGAUUAUCCUACCUACACCAACCUCAAUCGUCUGAUCAGCCAGAUCGUUAGUUCCAUCACGGCCUCUCUUCGAUUUGACGGCUGUUUGAACGUGGAUCUUAACGAGUUCCAGACCAACUUAGUCCCUUAUCCACGUAUUCACUUCCCACUCAGCACCUACGCUCCGAUUGUCUCAGCAGAGAAGGCUUUCAGAGAGUCGAUGACAGUUUCUGAAAUUUCAACGGCCUGUUUCGAGCCCGCCAACCAGAUGGUGAAGUGCGACCCUCGUCAAGGCAAGUACAUGGCCUGUUGUAUGCUGUUCCGUGGUGAUGUCGUCCCAAAAGAUGUCAGCGCAGCCAUUGCCAACAUCAGGACCAAGAGAAGUAUCCAGUUCGUGGACUGGUGUCCCACAGGGUUCAAGGUCGGCAUCAACUACCAACCACCAACAAUUGUUCCUGGGGACGACCUGGCCAAGGUCCAAAGAGCUGUCUGUAUGUUGAGCAACACCACCGCCAUCGCUGACGCCUGGGCUCGUCUCGAUCACAAGUUUGAUUUGAUGUACGCCAAAAGAGCGUUCGUCCAUUGGUAUGUUGGGGAGGGUAUGGAGGAAGGGGAAUUCGCUGAAGCUCGGGAGGAUCUGGCAGCGUUGGAAAAGGACUAUGAAGAGGUAGGGGCGGACACCGUAGAGACGACGGGGGAAGACUAUGACCAAUCCGAGUUCUGAGACUCUGAAAGGAUCAUGUGCAAUACCAAUCAUACAAUCAAUUAAACAAAUAUUGCGAACUGUUGCGCUUAGAAGUGGGAGACAUUCAUACAUUUCAUAUUUCAUCUUUUUAUGUGAUAUUCGGAUGCAGUCUGCAGGGUCCCUUUUCUCAUGGAACGAGACACAGCAGAAUCUGUGUUAAAGGGAUGGUGUAGUUGAUGGGGUCAUGUGCGAUAAGGUACCAAUAUCAUUUUUGCAAUCCUGGUCAAGGAAAUGUAGUAUUUGUGGCACGGAUGGCCAAGUCAUCUAAGGCUCUGUAGGUUGAACCCUUUAUGUAUAAUACAUACAUACAAUCGUAGGUUGAAUCUCAUUUUGUCCCGGCGGUGGGGUACCCCGAUGGUUAAAGCGUUCGCUCGUCACGCUAAAGACGCAGGUUCGUUUCCCCACAUAAGUACAAUGUGUGAAGCCCAUUUCUGAUGUCAUCUGCCGUGAUAUUGCUGGUAUUGUGUUAAAAGCGGCGUAAACCCAUACUCACUCACUCACUCUUUUGUCCCAUGGUCAUAUUUCUUGGUUUGUCACCACCAAAACCAUGCUCGUAAGUUUAACCAAAGGUGAAACGUCUGCGUCUUGCAUCACUUUAGACCUUUCCUCCCACAACAAGCUGGGGCGGUGAGGUAGCCUAGUGGUUAAGGCGUUCGCUCGUCACGCGGAAGACCUGGGUUCGAUUCCCCACAUGGGUACAUUGUGUGAAGCCCAUUUCUGGUGUCCCCCGCCAUGACAUUGCUGGAGUAUUGCAAACGCGGCAUAAAAGUAAACUCACUCACAUCAAGCUAACAAUCCAUGUUAAGAUACCACAUUCUCCUACUCUAAGAGGCAUAUCGAACUGAGACAUUGUCACCGUGUCAGUUCGGUAAUCGCUGAACAAAUACUAUGAGUUCUCAAUGACAUGCCAAACUACGGCCAGUUGACCCGAGCAUGGACCCCUUUAAGCACUAUACUUAUUGCUAAAAAACUAAAUAUGUUCAUUUGACUUCUUAGCUUCAAACUUCUACAAAUAAAGUAUGUACUGCACUAAAA